GGUAUGUGACGUCACUGAAGAUGGUGGUGGGCGCCUUUCCCAUAGCCAAGCUCCUCUAUCUCGGGGUCCGGCAGAUCAGUAAGCCGCUGGCCAACCGGAUCAAGGCGGGAGCCCUCCGGAGCGAAUUCUUCCGGACCUACGUGUGUCUACCGCCCGCCCAAUUUUAUCACUGGGUGGAGAUGCGGGCGAAGAUGAGGAUUAUGGGAUUCCGCGGAGCGGCCAUCAAGCCCCUGAACGAGGAUGCGGCGGCGGAUCUGGGGGCGGAGCUUCUGGGAGAAGGCAUUAUCUUCCUGGUGGGGGGCGGCUGUAUGGUAUUGGAGUAUUCCCGGCAGGCGGCCAACAGCCGCCGGAAGGAGGAGGAAACUGAGGCCAGACUGAGAGCCAUGGAGGUCGAGAUCGCCCGCCUGGGGCUGCAGACGGACGAGCUGGACGCCCGCGCACGGGCCGCGGAGAGGCAACAAAUGGCAGCCAAGUGAAGGUGCUGGUGUGUGGACUGUGAUAUUUCCACCCCUCGGAGGGUUGGGGGGACCCCGGGAUGUACCGGCUGUAUAUAUAUAUAGGAAAUAAAGGGACAAACACUUUAAUGGAAGCAAAAAAGUUUUAUUUCUAGAAAACAGGUUAUAAAAAAAAAAAAGGUCCCAUAUACAUACAGUACAUAUAUAUAUAAUGGCAUCAAAUAUUCCUGACCGCCGCCGGGCGCAGCGCCGGGGCCCUUCAACCGUCCAGUGUCUGACCCGAACCGCCUAAUUACACACAGAGAGAGACUUUUACCCGCCACCGUCUAUAAACCUGCCAAGCCGAUUUUCUUCUGCUACAAAUUGUACAAAAAAAACUUGAAAUGAUUCAGAAAUAAUAAUAAAAAAUAAACCCGUUAA